AUGGCAAAGUCCAUGGACAAAGCAGACGACGCUAUCGUCCACCAUGAGGAGCGUCCGGACGAGCAUCCUACUGGUCGGACGGACGUGAAGGGCGAUGCGGAGGUUGACCAGUACGCGCAGGAGACGGCGCACCUGCAUAUCGAUGCGGCUACGAACAAGCGGCUGUUCAGGAAGAUAAACAAGCGUGUCUUGGCGAUCAUGCUUGGGACGUACUUCUGCCAGGCGCUUGACAAGGGAACCCUGGGGUUCAGCUCGAUCAUGGGCAUCAACGAUGAUGCGCAUCUGCACGGCAACCAGUUCAGCUGGCUCGGCACCAUUCUCUACAUGGGCAUUCUCGUGGGGGAAUACCCGACCAAUUUCCUGCUCCAGAAGCUGCCCGUGGCCAAGUAUCUUGCUGUAAAUGUGUUUCUGUGGGGGGCGGUGGUGACGUGCUCUGCCGCAGCCACCAACUGGGGUGCUUUGAUGGCCGUGCGUUUCUUGUUGGGCAUCUUCGAGUCUUGCGUCCAGCCUACCUUUAUCAUCCUCACUGCAAUGUGGUACACCCGGGAGGAACAGGCGGUUCUGACCAGCCUGUGGUACUGCAUGAUGGGUGUCCAGUUGAUGGUCGGCGGCCUCAUUGCAUACGGCGUGUCCCACAUCAAGGACGCGCCGGUAUUCUCGUGGCAAGUCCUCUUCAUGGUGCUCGGCUUGGCCACAGUGCUGUGGUCCAUCGUCAUUGCGUGCUUCCUGCCCGACAGCCCCAUGAAGGCGAAGUGCUACAACGAAGACGACAAGCGCUUGAUGUUCGCAAGAGUUCGGGGCAAUCAGACGGGAAUGCAGAACAAGACGUACAAGCGAUACCAGGUCAUUGAAGCACUGGUUGAUCCGUACGUCUGGUGCUGCGUCCUCCUGCAAUGCACCAGCACGCUGAUCAUCGGCGGUCUCGGCGUCUUUUCGAACCUCAUCAUCAAAUCCUUGGGUUUCACGGUCCUGCAGACGCAGCUGCUCAACAUCGCACAGGGCGCAGUAACGAUUCUUGUCAUGGUCGGAGGUGCCAUGCUGGCCAGCAAGACGAAGCAGACGCUGUUGGUCAUGUUUCUCUGGACACUUCCAGCCAUUGCGGGAACAGGGAUUCUGAUGGGAAUAGCCCCCAACUCCAAGAAUGCGGGAGGCCUGCUCGUCGCGUUCUACUGCACCCAGUUCAUCCUGGCAGAAGGCAAUCUGAUCUUCUCCCUCAUAUCGAGGAACGUUGCCGGUCAGACGAAGAAGGGUGUAACGCUUUCCAUGACGUUCAUAGCUUGGGCUGCGGGAAACAUGACGGCUCCGCAGCUCUUCCAGACUAGUGAUGCUCCUCGAUACCGACAUGGCUUUACAGCCCACCUCUGCCUCUACGUUAUUUACAUAGCGGAAAUCGCCGUCACGUGGCUCAUUCUAACGCGCAGAAACAAGGCUCGCGCUAUUAAUGCGGCGAGCAGAGCAGAGGAGAUGGGUUCUGGGGCCGGAAGCAAGACUGAUGCCCAAGAACUCGCACUUCAGGACCUUACAGACAGGGAGAAUCCGGAAUUCAAAUAUGUCGUUUAG